AUGCAGUUCACCAUCGCCACCGUCAUCGCUUUCAUCGCCGCCGCCCAGGCUGGCCCUCUCUCCCUUCGCGCUGACGUUUGCAACACUGCUCCUGCCGGGCCUACCAACGCCAACGUUACCCCGCGCUCCCAGCCCGCUGCCGCCACUGCUGAUGCCUGCAAGAAGCUUUGCGAGGCCGACUCUGGUUGCAAGAGCUUUGUCUUUGGCCUUCCUACAACCGGGACCACUCCUCAGUGCUUCCUGUACGCCGUCGCGGCUGCUCAGGUCCCCCCUCAGAGCAAUGCCAACCUGGUAGUCUUUGACAAAGCUUGUACCGGUGUCCCUACCACUGCCCCUGCUAAGAACAAUAACAACAAUGGCAACAACGGAAACAACGGCAACAACAACGGACAGAACAACCAGAACGGUCAAGCUGGCCAGAACAACAACAACCAGCAGCCCAAGAAGCGCGCCAACGUCUGCGGCGCCGCUCCUGCUGGCCCAGCCAGUAGCAACCCUACUCCUCUCUUGAGCCGUCAGGAUGUUCAGUCUCAAGAUGACUGCUUGGCUCUGUGCCGCCAGACUACUGGCUGCAAGGCUAUCGAGUUUGGCAAGCCUUCCGCCAACGAGCCGGUCCAGUGCCGUCUGUUCAACGUUGCCGCUUCCAGCCUCCCCCCUCGCGCCAAUGGCCAGACUUUUGUCGCCUUCGACAUUGCUUGCUAA